CACUGUUAAGUUCAUUUCAAAUCAGUAGAGAGUGAAAUGAGAUCCGAUUAACUUCUUCUUCCACACUUACUCGACAACUUCAGACGUUGCAACUACUUAAAAUGUUUCAAAAAAUAUUUUCACGUCCUCACAGACACUUGCAGCCGUGUAGUGCUCUCAAAUAUUAUAGUAAAAUUAAAUCAUCGAAGGAAGUUAAAGUGCAAGUGCGCCAAGGUGUCGUUGUUGGACGAGAAGAACGUCUACCGAAUGGGAAACCAUUUCACUGCUUCCAAGGAAUACCAUAUGCAGUGCCGCCACUAGGGAAAUUACGCUUCCAGUCACCAGUUCCAUUGGAGCGAUUUGCCACCCCUGAAUUGGAUUGCACAAGGCUAAAAGACCCAUGCCAUCAGCAAAAUCUUAUCACGAACGAAUCUUUUGGUUCAGAAGAUUGCCUCCAUCUAAAUGUGUACGCUCCUGUUAAGUCUUUAAACCACCCAUUUCCAGUUAUGGUUUGGAUACAUGGUGGAGGUUUCCAGUUCGGUGAUGGUCAAACAUUCUUGCCACUUAGUCUUGUGUCGGAGGAUGUCAUUGUGGUGUCGAUAAAUUAUCGCUUAGGCCUAUGGGGAUUUGCUUGCUUGCCAGAGGCAGGAAUAUGGGGCAAUGCUGGUCUCAAAGAUCAGCGUCAAGCCCUGGUCUGGGUACAAGAAAAUAUUGCCAACUUUAAUGGUGAUCCGAACAAUGUAACAUUAUUUGGAGAGAGUGCUGGAGCCAGUUCUGUAAGUUUGCAUACACUGACGUCUCACGCACACAUUCUUUUCCAUAAAGCUAUCAUGCAGAGUGGCACUGCAAACACGGAAUGGGUAUUCCAACGCAAACCAAGGGAAAAGAUGUAUCACCUUUGCGAUUUGCUGGGUUGUCAAUCGAAGGAUCCGAAGGAAGUUCUUAAGUUUUUACAAUCGAAUGAAAAGGUAACACCUGAGAUAGUUCUGGAGAAGACUGGGGAUCUACUUUUACCUGACGAACGACGUCGUGGCCCACCUUUUCCGUUACGGCCUGUACUCGAAGAUGCGCGCAGUUCAGAUGCAUUCAUUAACACUCCCGUGCUCGAGCUCAUGCAACAUACCAAUACUCUCACAAUGCCCACCAUAAUUGGCUACAAUUCAGCAGAAUCCCUUGUAUCUUUAAGAUACAAGAACCUAGGGAUAGUUGAUGGAGAUCUUGCGCGCUUUGUUCCUCGUAAUAUUCCAUUGCCAUUUGAUCAUCCAGAAAUACAAUCGUUUGUACAAAAUAUUCGAGAAUUCUAUUUCGGAGGUCAUAAAAUUACAAAAGAGCACCUUCAAGGUUUAGCCAAUUUAUUAACAGACUAUCAUUUUCUUAUCGAUAUACACUUAGCGAUAAAAUUACAAGCGUUUCAUCAACCACGUGCUCCACUCUAUGCCUAUCGCUUCAAUUACACGGGAGGACGUGAUUUUUUCAAGCGAUUAUCUACAUUUGAGCAUCUAGACGGUGCAUGUCACGGAGAUGAACUAAAUUAUCUUUUUCAAUAUUUCGAAGAUGAUAUGAGCACAUUUUCGGAGAGUGAUGCACAAACCACCAAACGUUUAAGUGCGAUGUGGGCCAACUUUGCACGCUAUGGUAAUCCGACACCAAAGAGCAGUGACGUUGCGAAGGAGUUGGGCAUUGUGUGGAUGCCUGUUAGGAGACCAAUGGGGGGUGAUGAUUGUAAACUGGACUAUUUAAGCAUUGAUCGAAAAUGUAGCAUGCAACAAGAUCCUGACAACGAUCGCAUUCAAUUCUGGCAGAAUGUAUAUAAGAAAUAUAAGGCGAAGGAUUAUUCGAUUAUAAACAAAUCAUCGAAGGAAGUUAAAGUGCAAGUGCGCCAAGGUGUCGUUGUUGGACGAGAAGAACGUCUGCCGAAUGGGACACCAUUUCACUGCUUCCAAGGAAUACCAUAUGCAGUGCCGCCACUAGGGAAAUUACGCUUCCAGCCACCAGUUCCAUUGGAGCAAUUUGACGCCCCUGAAUUGGAUUGCACAAGCCCAAAAGACCCAUGUUAUCAGCGAGAUAGUGUCACAAGAGAGCCCGUUGGUUCAGAAAAUUGCCUCCAUUUAAAUUUGUACACCCCUGUUAAGUCUUCAAGUCAGCCACUUCCAGUUAUGGUUUGGAUACAUGGUGGAGGUUUCCUGUUCGGUCAUGGCCAAACUCUUGUGUCGGAGGAUGUCAUUGUGGUGUCGAUUAAUUAUCGUUUAGGCCUAUGGGGGUUUGCAUGCUUGCCAGAGGCAGGAAUAUGGGGCAAUGCUGGUCUCAAAGAUCAGCGGCAAGCCCUGGUCUGGGUACAAGAAAAUAUUGCCAACUUUAAUGGUGACCCAAACAAUGUAACAUUAUUUGGAGAGAGUUCGGGAGCUUGUUGUAGUGGCACUGCAAACUCGGAAUGGGUAUUCCAACGCAAACCAAGGGAAAAGAUGUAUCACCUUUGCGAUUUGCUGGGUUGUUACUCGAAGGAUCCGAAGGAAAUGCUUAAGUUUCUACAAUCGAAUGAAAAGGUUACUCCUGACAUAGUUCUGGGAAAGACAAGAGUUCUACUUUUACCUGACGAGCGACGUCGUGGCUUCCCUUUUCCGUUACGGCCUGUACUUGAAGAUUCGAGCAGCCCGGAUGCAUUCAUUGAUACUCCCGUGCUUGAGCUCAUGCAACGGACCGAUACUCUCACAAUGCCCACCAUAAUUGGCUACAAUUCGGCAGAAGCCUUAACAAUUUUAAGACGUCAGAAUUUAGAAGAGAUUGAGGGAGAUCUUUCGCGCUUUGUUCCUCGCAAUAUUCCAUUACCAUUCGAUCAUCCAGAAAUACAAUCGUUUGUACAAAAUAUUCGAGAAUUCUAUUUCGGAGGUCAUAAAAUUACAAAAGAGCACCUUCAAGGUUUAGCCAAUUUAUUAACAGACUAUCAUUUUCUUAUCGAUAUACACUUAGCAAUAAAAUUACAAGCGAUUCAUCAACCACGUGCGCCACUCUACGCUUAUCGCUUCAAUUACACGGGAGGACGUGAUUUUUUCAAGCGAUCAUUUAAAUUAGAGCAUCUAGAUGGUGCGUGUCACGGAGAUGAACUAAAUUAUCUUUUUCAAUAUUUCGAAGAUGAUAUGAGCACAUUUUCGGAGAGUGAUGCACAAACCACCAAACGUUUAAGUGCGAUGUGGGCCAACUUUGCACGCUAUGGUAAUCCGACACCAAAGAACAGUGACAUUGCGAAGGAGUUGGGCAUUGCGUGGACGCCUGUUAAGAGACCAAUGGAGAGUGAUGAUUGGAAACUGGACUAUUUAAGCAUUGAUCGAAAAUGUAGCAUGCAACAAGAUCCUGACAACGAUCGCAUUCAAUUCUGGCAGAAUUCGUUUAGUGCUUUCAAAUAUUAUAGUUCAAUUAAAUCAUCGAAGGAAGUUAAAGUGCAAGUGCGCCAAGGUGUCGUUGUUGGACGAGAAGAACGUCUACCGAACGGGAACCCAUUUCACUGUUUUCAGGGAAUACGAUACGCAGUGCCGCCAGUAGGGGAAUUACGCUUCCAGUCGCCAAUUCCAUUGGCGCAAUUUGAGACGCCAGAAUUGGAUUGCACACGCCCAAGAGACCAAUCCCAUCAGAAAGAUCGGAUCACAAAAAAACCUGCCGGUUCAGAAGAUUGCCUCCAUCUAAAUGUGUACGCUCCUGUUAAGUCCUCAAGUCAGCCACUUCCAGUUAUGGUUUGGAUACAUGGUGGAGGUUUCCUGUUCGGUCAUGGCCAAACAUUCAUGCCAGUUAGUCUUCUGUCGGAGGAUGUCAUUGUGGUGUCGAUUAAUUAUCGCUUAGGUUUUUUCGGUUUUGCGUACCUGCCUGAAGCAGGUAUAUGGGGAAAUGCUGGUCUCAAAGAUCAGCGGCAAGCUCUGGCCUGGAUACAUGAAAAUAUAGCAAACUUUAAUGGUGACCCGAACAAUGUAACCUUAUUCGGAAUGAGUGCUGGAUCUGCUUGUAUAGGUCUGCAUACAUUGGCAUCUCACGCGCACAAACUUUUCCAAAAAGCCAUCAUGCAUGGUGGCGUUGCAAACAGCGAGUGGUUAUUCCAACGCCAACCAAGGCAAAAGACGUAUCAAAUGUGCUAUUUGCUGGGCUGUCAAUCGAAGGAUCCGAAGGAAAUGCUCAAGUUUAUACAAUCCCCCGGAAAGGUAAGUCCUACGGCAGUUCUGAAAAAUACAAGGUAUCUAGUUACACCAGAAGCGCGACGCCGUGGGCCACCUUUUCCGCUAGGGCCUGUACUCGAAGAUUCCAGCAGUCCAGAUGCAUUCAUUACCACUCCCGUGCUGGAACUCAUGCAACGGCCCGAUACUCUCGCCAUGCCCACCAUAGUUGCCUACAAUUCGGGAGAAGGCCUAACAUAUUUGAAGCACCAGGUCUUAGAGGUGGUCGACGAAGACCUUGCGCGCUUUAUCCCCCGCAAUAUUCCAUUGCCGUAUGAUCAUCCAGAACUAAAAAUGCUGGUGCAAAAAGUUCGUGAAUUCUAUUUUGGUGGUGAAAAAAUUACACAAGAGCACCUUCAAAACUUAACCGAUUUAUUAUCAGAUUAUCAUCUUGUCUAUGAUAUACAUCUGGCGACAAAAUUCCAAGCGAUUCAUCAACCACGUGCUCCACUCUACGCCUUGCGCUUCGAUUACGAAGGUGAUCGUGAUUUUUUCAAGAAAAUGUAUAAAUUAGAACACCUGAAUGGUUCCUGUCACGGAGAUGAAAUAAAUUAUCUUCUUCAAUAUGUCGGAGAGGACAUGAGCACAUUUUCAGAGAGCGAUUUACAAGCCACCAAACAUUUAAGUGCAUUGUGGACCAACUUUGCGCGCCAUGGCAAUCCGACACCAAAGAACAGUGACAUUGCGAAGGAGUUGGGCAUUGAGUGGACACCUGUUAAAAGACCUUUGCAAGGUGAAGAUUGUAACCUGGACUACUUCAUCUUUGAUCGACAAUGUAGCACGCAACAAGAUCCGGACAGCGCUCGGAUUCAAUUCUGGGAGAAUGUAUAUAAAAAAUAUAAGAUGCAGGACUAUUCUGUUCUAGACGCAAGAGACUAAACCAUUCCAGUUAUAUCUGUAUUUUUAUACUUACGUAUAUAUUAUGUUAAGCAAGUGGAAAUUAUAAAUGGAAGUAUGUAUUUGUAAAUAAGGAAAAGCAUUACUUUCCGCUUCAGCAGCAAAUUUGUACUUUCCUUUUGACGAAAAUUACUUGUUUCUUAUGGUUCAAUUAUCCAUUUUGAUGGUGGAAUUAUACAAGUGAAGUAAUAAAAGCAGUAGCAAAGAUUUGACUCUGCCUUAUGGGGUUACAUGGGUUUCGUUGGUUCAAAAAAUC